AUGAAAAUCAAUUUGUUACAUAAAUCUUAUCAUAUAACCACAAUUAUGUUUUUCAAAAAAUUAUUUAAAAUUUUUAAAAAAAAUAGCUCAUCAAUCUUUUUUCUCAUAACAUUAUUGUAUUUUUUGUACACAUAUGUAUCCAUAUUUCUUUAUAUAUUUAAUAAUGCUCUAUUUUAUUUAUUUGUGAAUAUAUCGUUUUUUUAUUUAUGUUUUCAUUUUGUUGUUAGAGCUUUAACGUAUCCUGGAAGUUUAUUUAUUUUCUACCAUAAGACUAAUUAUGAUAAUAGAAUAGAAAUAUGUAAAUUUUAUUUAAAAGAGACAGUAAAAUUAACAUGUUUAAUAAAUGAUGUAGGUGAAAGAAUUAAAGAAAUAGCUAAAAAUGACGAUAAAACUAACGAUUAUAUUAUGAUUAAAUUAGAACAACUAUUUUCAGAUUAUAAUAAUAAAGAUGCCUAUUUUAAUUUUUUUAGUAGCUUAAAUAUAUUUUAUACACUAUAUAUUAGUUAUUACCUUUAUAUUAAUUUAGAAGAAAAUGCUGAUUUAAGUGAUGAACAGUUAAAUUUUUAUUAUUAUUUAAAAUUUUUUAUGAUAAGAAUCAACGAAAUAAAGGUAUAUAUUAAUAAAAGUGAUAUAAUAUACCCCGAAUUAUUUACUGAAAUAAAAAUACGAAGAGAUUUCAAUGAGUGUGUAAAUGAAUUCAUGAAAAAUAAAAAUACUUUAUAUGAACAAAAUUUUGAAGAAAAAGUGAAAAAGGAAAAUAAAUUAAAUUCACCAUAUGAAAAAUGGAAGUGUAAGAUUCUUAAUUACAUAUUUAAUAUUAAAGAAUUAAAUAAUAGUAAAAUACAAGAAGAAUCAAAAUUUUUAAUAUCUACAAAUAACAAUAAUAAUACUAAUAGGUAUUAUAAUAUUUAUAAUAAUAAACCUAUCCAUAUUAGUGAUAAGAUAAAUAAUAGCAAUUAUGAUAGUGAAAAAGAUGUAUAUAAUUUUAGUGAUAAAAAUAAAAACACAUAUAAUGAUUUUAACCAUAUAAAAAAUGAAAAUACAAAUUUAAGAAAUAAUAAUGUAUAUAUGAAUAAUAUUCCUUCUAAUUAUGUUAAUAUAAAAUUUUUAAGUUUAUUUUAUCAUGAAAACUAUGAAAAAUCCAUUACACAUGUGAAUUAUAAAGAUUUUUUUAUGGAAGUAAAUUAUCAUGAUUUUUUGAAAUUAUUAGACGAUUUGACAUUCUUUUUAAAUAAGCUAAGUGAUAUAUUUAAAAUUAAUACGUUAAGGAAAAAAUUCCAAAUAAAAAAUGCCUAUAGUUUUAUUAAUAAUUUUUCAAAAAACCAUAUAGCAGGGACAUUAGACUUAUUUAAAUAUGAAAUGAUAUAUAAAUAUUAUGCAAAACAACAGUAUAUGUAUAUUAAUAAAACAAAAAUAGAUUGUAUGUUUAUUCCUUGUAAGAAAUUUUUAAAUGAUAAAAUGCAAAAAUAUAUAAAUUUAAAAAAAUCAGGAAAGAGUUUAGAUAUAUAUGAAAAUUCCUCAAAUAAUAAUUCUAUUUUUUUUAAUGCUUUUAAUAAUGAAUUUUAUAAUUAUAUAUAUCAUAAUGAUUAUUUAUAUGAUAUUCCAUUAGUACUAUAUUUUAAUCCUAAUGGCUCAUAUUAUGAAUUAAAUGCUUGUUGUUCUGGAACAAUUCAGUUUUAUUUAGAAAACAAUAUUAAUGUUUUUGUUUAUAAUUAUAGAGGUUACGGAAAGUCAAAAGGAUUUCCGAAUUUUAACAAAAACAAUAUAGAUGCGUUGAAAAUUUCUGAAUAUCUUUUAUCAAAAAAAGUGAAAUAUUUAGGAUUGCAUGGAAGAUCAAUAGGUGGACCGUUAUGUUCUUAUGUUACCUAUCAUUUGUGUAAUUUCGAUAAAAAAAACAGUAAUACAGAAUUAAUGGAUAAAUUAUAUAAGAAUGAACUCCACAAAAAAAGAAUUAAUAAACAAAUAAAUAAAAUAAAUAGAUUGAUGAAUAAAAAAAAAAAAAAAAUUUCAGAGAAAUUAUUAUUUCCUUUUAAAUAUAUAAUGAUAUUUUUACAAUAUAUUACUUUAUUAAAAUUAAGAGUAUACAAUUCACGAAUGAAAAAAAAGAUGAACCUAAAUAAUGUAAGUUCAAAAAAAUUAUUAAAUUGUAGUAAUUCAUUAGAAAAUUCGAAAAUAUCAUUUGUAUGCAUUGAUAAAUCAUUUUAUAAUUUUGAAGAGGUAGCAAAAUAUAUGAUAGGUGAAUAUGCAUACAAUGUUUUGCAAUUUACAUCAUAUAAAUUAGACAUAACAAAAUAUUAUAUAAAUUCUAAUGUACCAAAAAUUUUAAUCUAUGAUAAUUAUGAUGAAAUAAUUCAUUACAUGUCUAAUGCAUUAACUGGUAUAUCAAAAGAAGUAUCAAAAUUAUAUAAAAAUGGAAAACUAAAUAUGAAUACCCAAAGAAGAAAAAGUGAGAUAAAACAAAGCAAAAGAGAAGAUUAUGAAAACGAUGAUUUAAAUACUGACGAUUUAUUGCCAUUAGUAGAAAAUACAGAUGAUUAUAAUAUAAUUAAUAACAUUAAUAAAGAUACAGAAAUUGAAAAAAAUAAUAAUUUUUAUGAUAUGAAAAAAAGUAACAAUUAUAAAAACAAUAACUUAAAUAGAAAUAGUAUAAAUAUAUUAAAUGAAAAACCUCAUUAUAAUGAUAUAUUUAUUAUAGAUGAAUAUAUCGAUAAUUGUUGGUUAGAUAAUAAAUUAAAAAAUAUUGAUUUCAGGCUAUUUUUGCAAAGCUGGAAAAUAUUAAAUGAUUGUAUUUUAUUUUUAAAUAAGUCUUCAACAACAAAUAACUCUUUUAUUUCAAUAGGUUUAGAAACUUAUACUUCUAUUAUGUCUUUAUAUAAUUCUAAAGAAGAUAAAUUAGAAAAACAAACACAGAAUGCCAUAUAUUGUAUAUAUAAUGAUAAUUUUAGUUUUAUCAGCCCUUUUAAAAAAGUAAACUCUACUUAUGAAGAUUUCAUAAUGGAGUAUAUGAAUGAUGAUUCUAUUUUUAAAAAAACGAAUAUAUAUGAUAUGCUAAAAGAAGAUGAAGAUUUUAAACAUGAAAUGGAUAAACUUAACAAAAUUUUAAAGGAUCUUUAUAUGUCUAAAAGAAAAGAAAUAGAAAAAGUUCAUUUUACUUAUAGUGGUUUUUUUUUGAAAAAUGAUUUUUUAUAUGAUUAUAUAAAUACAGAGAACAGAAAUAAUGAUCAACCUGCAUUUCAUAUAGAAGAUAUAGAUGUAAUAACAUUUUUAAAUGAAUUUAGUAGCUCUAUAGAUGAAAUUAUAAACACAAUAAAUUAUAAUUUAAACUCUUGUGGACAAUUAUUUAAUGAAUUAAACAAAGUUCCAGAAAAAGAAAAAGUAAAUUUUUUAAAAUAUUUUAUUUGUAGAAUGAAAGUUUUUGGUUCUUAUCCUUCUCAAUGUUUUAAUUUACAAAAAAAAAAUGAAUUUUUUAAUCAUCUUUAUCAUAUUCCUUAUAUUUUUUCUCAUUAUUAUGAAAAAGAGUUGUUAAAUGAUAAUGAAGAAAAAAAAAAUAUAUUUAACAUGAACAAUAAAAAUGAGAAAGAAGAUGAAAAAAGUAGUAUGAACAUAUCUAAAGAAGAUAUACAUUUCACAAAUAGUAAUUUUGCAUAUAAGAAUAGAUCAACUAUUAACAAUUUUUCUGAAACAAAUAGAAAUUAUUUUAAUGAAGAUAAUAUAAGUAGAACAUAUGUUACAAUAAAAAAGUCUAUGUUAUUGCAUGAUUUAAUUAUCUGUUUAAAUUAUUUUAAAGAAUAUAAUAAUAGUAGUACUUUUAAUAUAUUUUAUAAAUUAGUUGAUAAUACAUAUAUAAUAGAUAUAAAACAGUUAUUGUCAUUUUUAAAAAGCAGAAGCAACUUAUCUAUAAAAUCUAAUAAAUUUCUUGAUAUAUUUGCCAAUGAUAUUGGAAUUGAUGCAAAUAAUAUUAAUCUUCCUGAACAUUUAGAAAAAUAUGUAAGUUGGAUGAGAUUAAAUAAUAGAAUGACUAUUUGUAAAAUAUAUCAACUAAUAAGAAAUGAAUUAAAUAAAAUAAAAACUUAUACAGAAAAGUUAACUUCUGAAUAUAGCACAAUUAGUCAAAAUACAAAUAUUCAAUUUAUAAUUUUUUUAAUAUAUCGCAUAUCAAUAUUUAAAAAAAUAAUAACACAUACUUAUAUUAUUUAUACAUUUUUUCAACGUUUGAAUAAAUCGUUAGACAUGAAUAUUAAUCAAGAUGAUCUAGAUAAAAACUUAGACAUAAAAUUAUUGGAACCUAUUAAAUCUUUUAAAAUUUUUUAUAAAGAUUAUUAUAAAAUAUAUUCUCCAAAGGUUCUCGGCUUCCCAUUGCUUGUAAAUAGUGGGCAUAACGGCAAUUUAAAUAAAAAUGAAGAAAAUUUUUUACACAUUUGUUUAAAUUCCUUUUUAAAACAAUAUAUUUGA